AUGACUUCCUCAGAACCCUCAAUGAACACCCUAUACUCCUCCUUCGCUUCAAAAUACGAAAUCUCCUCCGGCGGCUGCACCCGCCAACUAGCCACGCACCUCCUCUCCCUCCUCCCGCCUCUCUCCAACCAAUCGCACAUCCACGACAACGCCUGCGGCCCCGGCAUCCUCGCCCAAGAACUCCUCUUCCAAAACCCCUCCCUCCACCCUGCUAUAACCUGUACCGACUCCUCCCCCCAAAUGAUCUCUCUAGCCCGCCAAACCGUCCCCACCAUCAUCACCCCUUCAGGUGCCGCAAACCUCUCCUUCCACAUCCUCCCCGGCGACGCUCUCGGACCCCUCCCCUCUAAUUCCUUCACGCACUCCAUCACAAACAUGGGCAUAUUCUUCUUCGCCGACCCCCUCCGCGGCGCCGCAGAAAUCCACCGCACACUCACCCCCACAGGAACCGCCAUCGUCACGACUUGGAAAGCCGCAGGUUACAUGCCUAUCCUGCACCGCGCGCAAAAAGCCGUGCGGCCCCAGGAUCCGUUGUUCGAGUGGCCGAUUGCGAAGGAGUGGUAUGAAGCGGAGCAUCUCCGAGAAAUAUUAAGGAAAGCAGGGUUUGGAAGUGUGGAGAUGAGCGAAGUGACUGUGCAUUUUGCGGGGCGGAGUCUGGAGGAGACGUGUGGGUUCUUGGUGGAUAUGUGGAGGCAGGUUGGGCCCAAAUGGACGGAGGACGAGUAUGCCGAGUUUGGGAAGCAGCUUAUUGUUGAAGGGAGCAAGGAGGCGGUUACGACGAAGAGGGCCGUGAAUGGGAAGAAGGAUGCGGAGAUUAUGGAAGUGGUUGGGUUUCCUAUGGUCGCGCAUGUCGCCGUUGCAAAGAAGUGA